AUGUCCAAGGGAAGAGGGCGACAAAGGGUCGAUAGAAAAGCCCGUGCGGCAGCAAAUGGUUAUAAUCGCGGAGCGCACCGCGAGCAAGAUAAGGAGCGCUGUGAGAUCAUCUAUUCCGACGACUCUAUUGCUAUGCAGGAUAGGGUUAUAUCAGUUUAUAUUGACUGGGCGUCCGAAGAAGAUGAGUCUCUCCGAGAGAAAGACCUUCAGAAGGGAUACCCGUGCCCAACCUCGCCACGCUCAAAGGUUUUGUGCGCUUUUACAUAUCCUCUACCGACGGGAUUCUCACGCUGCGUCCUACAAAAUCUUCCGUCUGAACUUUGCGGAACGGUUCUUUGCCGGAUACACACGCAUUACAUUGGGUAUGGAGAAAGGUUCACUUUACUAGCGAACGAUCUCGGGGGGUUGGGAGUGUUAUACAUACUUCCCGAUGGCGAUUCCGAAACUCUGUGGACGAAAGAACUUCCCAAGAGCCCGACCCGACAAGCCCGUGUUUCCAUAUUGCAGAAAUUAAGGGAGAGUGGAAUUUGUGAGGAAGCGAACGGAAGAUCUCUGCAUGACCUUGCGGAAAGUGAAGUCGAAGGGGUAUCAAAACCUCUUAAAGAUGCUGUGCAAAGAGAUAUGAGCCGAAGUCUGUCACGAACGCCCUUCAGCGCUGCUAGAGAACCAUCGUGCACAGGAACGCAGAGCGCAGAAAUUAUGUCAAGCAAUGCACCAAAUAACUUCGAGCAGACGGCCAUAAUUAAUUCUUUAGCAAACAGGGCCGAGCCCACGUGCACCCAAAGUACUCCUGAUGCUCUCGCUCAGAAUGCUAUUUGCGCUCCGACGCAUUACGAGCCUAGUUCGAUACACAUACCGGACGCAAACAUAGCAGCUGGCUCUUUGGCCACAGAAAGUCAUCAGAGCUCAUAUUCCUUGGAUGAAUCGCAAGCUACGAUUGACGCUGCGUCGUUGGAAUUUCACCUAAAUGGGGCACUGCCUCCUGGUAAUCACCCCGGGCUAGGCCAACAGGCAAUUCAGCAGCGUAUCAAUGUCUCACCUCAGACCGGAUUCUUCCAUGUGUUACAAGCUUUCCAAGGAGCUACACUCCCUACAGGUUACACCGACGCGACGGAAGCAAUAUCCACUGGUUUUCUCGAUGCCCCCGGUCAAUUUUGGGAUGCGAUGCAAGAUACUAGCAGAUGGAUCAACGCCCAAGCCAACCAAAGAACGACCUGGGUUGAAAAUACCCAACUUUCGAGUGAUAAUACAGGGAUAGAUGGCUAUCAUAACGUCUAUCAGGCGGUACAGCCUUCAUCAGAGGCACUCCCUGAUCUCACGGUUAUACAUUUCGGGGCAAAGGCGUACCGGUGGAAUUUGUGGACCGGAUGA